CACAGUGCUAUUUCUGUCUGUUUAAGAGAAGCUUCAAGAACUAAUUUGUUAACUAUGGAUACUUCAUCGGAUUCUUACAGCGGUUCUUUGCCACCAACGAGGCUGUUUGGCAGACAAAGGCCAAUACAUGCAGUUCUGGGAGGAGGAAAAGUGGGUGAGGUGCUGUUGUGGAGGGACGCAAGAGUUUCGGGUGGAAUAUUAAUAGGGACGGCAGCAAUUUGGUUCCUUUUGGAAGUGGCGGAGUACAGUUUGGUGACUCUGCUCUGUCAUCUCUUCAUCACCGCAAUGCUCAUCCUCUUCAUUUGGUCCUCUGCAGCUCAAUUUUUCAAAUGGAAUACUCCCAAUAUUCCCAAAAUAAUAUUAGAGGAUUCGACUUCGAGAGAUGUUGCUUCAAUUUUCCACAGAAACUUCAACCACUUAUUGUCAAAGUUCUUGUACGUGGCAAGUGGUUAUGAUCCAAGACUCUUCUUACUGACAAUUAUUGGUCUUUGGAUCACUUCAAUUAUUGGAAGCUACAUCAAUAGCUUGAAUCUUCUGUUUUUUGGUCUUGUCUGCUUGGAAACUCUUCCAUUCCUAUACGAGAAAUACGAGGACGAAGUUGACAGUCUUGCUUAUACAGUAAACAGGCAGAUGAAGAAAAUGUAUAAGAAGUUUGAGACUGAAGUUGUAGCCAAAAUUCCAAAGGGACCAGUGAAAGACAAAAACCAUUGAACACUUUGAUCAUGUGAAAUUCCAUAUUACUUUGGGGCUUGAUUCAAUUUAUCCCUGUGAUAUUAUAAAUGAGCAAAUUAUCCCUCUAUAAUAAAAAAAUAGCAAUUUGUCCUCCUAUACUUUUUAAAAUAAAGCAAUUUACCUCCCUAUCUAAAAAGGUAAAUUGCUUCA